CCCAGGGACUCCACCUUAAAACUGACGACAGAUCAGAACCGGUGUUUGCACCAAUAAUCUAGGGAGAUGGAAAAACUGAACUGAGACUGUUCCUGGAUCAGCAUUCCAAUCAUUGUCUGUCCUAUCCGUCGGAGACUGGGUGGAGUAAGGCGGAAGUUGGUUGAAAAAGGAGUACUUCAGGCAAAGAAUGAAGUGAGACGAUAGAAAGGGAGGGGAAUCGACUGCACUGCUACCGCACGAACUACCGUUUAACUCAUUUAUUUUGAAUGAAAAACAGUUGCAUCGCAACGUGGUAUCGAUCUAAGUAGAUAGGACUUUCACAACGGAAGCGAAGAAAUAAAAAACGCUUGCCACGUCUGAGGGAAAACUAGCGCUUCUCCAACUUUAGGUGUUUCCUGGCUAACACCAGUUUGAGUUUACCGUUGAAGUUCAGCUUUGUCAUUUUCUAACUUUAGAUUAGUUGGCCUGGCAAUCAUAUAACUUCACGGAAUUGCGAGAGGGGAAGAGCGUUUUGGAUAAAAACGGCCAUCCGAUAGCCUACUCGCAUCACUGUCUGCGUUUGACUUGUUGGCGGGGCGUUGGUGCCGCCGUCAUUUUUCUCCCCCCAUUCUCUUGGUCCACCCUUCUGCCCCAUUCAAGUCGAUAGGACACCAUUCUCGACCACUACAUUAGUUUUAAAAGAGCACAAAUAUGGCCGGAAUCAACAGCAUCGAUGCGGUUAAGAGAAAAAUCAAAGUUUUACAGCAACAAGCAGAUGAGGCAGAGGAGAGAGCCGAGAUUUUGCAGAGACAGGUCGAGGAGGAGAAACGCUCGAGAGAACAGGCUGAGGCAGAGGUAGCCUCUCUGAACAGGCGUAUCCAGCUGGUUGAGGAGGAGCUGGACCGGGCUCAGGAGCGUCUGGCCACUGCCCUGCAGAAGCUUGAGGAGGCUGAGAAGGCCGCUGAUGAGAGCGAGAGAGGGAUGAAGGUGAUUGAGAACAGGGCCAUGAAGGACGAGGAGAAGAUGGAGCUGCAGGAGAUCCAGCUGAAGGAGGCCAAGCACAUCGCUGAGGAGGCUGACCGCAAGUACGAAGAGGUUGCCCGUAAGCUGGUGAUUGUUGAGGGAGAGCUGGAGCGUACAGAGGAGAGGGCAGAGCUGUCCGAGGCUAAGUGUGCCGAGCUUGAGGAGGAGCUGAAAAAUGUCACCAAUAAUCUUAAGAGCCUGGAGGCCCAGGCCGAAAAGUACUCUCAGAAAGAGGACAAAUAUGAGGAAGAGAUCAAGAUAUUGACUGAUAAACUGAAAGAGGCUGAGACUCGUGCUGAGUUUGCAGAGAGGUCUGUGGCUAAACUGGAGAAGACCAUUGAUGACCUGGAAGAGCGAGUGGCCCAAGCUAAGGAGGAGAACGUUCAGCUCAACGCCACCCUGGAACAAACCCUGCAGGACCUCAGCAGCGUCUGAGGGAUCAGCAGCACAAACAUCUCACCCUCCCCUCCUGUGUCUCCUCUCUCUCUCUCUCUCUCUCUCUCUCUCUCUCUCUCUCUCUCUCUCUCUCUCUCUCUCUCUCUCUCUCUCUCUCUCUUUCUCUUUGUUAUUGGGUUUGCUAAAAGAGACCCCCACCUGAAACGCUUAACAGUCUUCCUUCUCCACUUGUAAUCCCACUCCAACUCAGUUUUCUCAACACCCUCACCUGUCUUGGCACCAAAAAAAAAAAAAAAAAAAAGCAGUUUGGGGACCAAAACCACCGCUGAAGGCCUCUAACCACGUAGUUUCUCAUGUAUGUGGAGACCACUUCAGUUUUGUUUUGUAAUCAUGUAUCUUUUGUGUACGUUUGGGCAUGAAGUGGUUUCAUUCUAAGCGUUAUUAACACGCAAGCCAAUUUCGAGAGCCACUUUUAUGAAUGUGCACAGUGCUCUUAAACUUUUUGGGGUUGUUUUUAAACAUGAUACCAUUGUAAUGUACCUCUGGGAGAGCCGUAAGGCAUUGCUGCUCAAGCGAGCCAACUACAAGCAAUGUUACUGCCAACACAGAGCAGCCUCUGAAAUGUGGAGUGGAGCGGAGAGAUGACACUCAGUGGGAGAGAUGGUAAUUAUUGAGGAGUAUUUCAACUGGAACAUGUCCACUGCUACAUAUAAUUACUUUAUUACAGCUUGUGUCUGUGUUCAAUGACUAACUAAAUCUCUUCUUUUUUUAAAAAAAAAAACAAACAAACAAAUAAAGUCCAUGAUUUUUACUACCACUCAA